GCCUACAUAUGUAUGUACCUACCUCGCUGCUCUCUUCUACAUACUGUCUUGUCUGUACACUGGACGAUAUGAAGCCCAGAAAUUGAGCAUGAACAUGCUAAGUACUUUACACCUGCCAACUGGCCGUAGUAUUGGUGUAUGAGGGUCCGACAGUUCCAAGUUCCAAGCCAGGCCCAAUGCUGGCACGUCCAGUGUCGAAAAAAAAAUAGAAUUAAAAAUCUCUGUCCCCGGGAUCGUGACUUGUGUAUCUGAUCUUGGGCUACUUGAACUAUAGAUAUACCAUACUAAAAUAACAUGAGUGCGUGAAAACAUCUCGUCCUUUCAGAUGCCAAGCACUCUAAAUCAGACUGUAGAUUGAGACACUAAAACCCCAACUCCGCCUUAAGUGUUUUAAAAAGAUCUCCAUGAUCCCCAGGUAAUCUAUUUUAACCGCAUAAAAAGGUGUGACCAAAGAACGGUAGCCGACAUGCUCAGUAAGUGUCCUUUAUUGUGCCUCUGUGCGGCUCCUAAGACCAGCUAAAAGCUGCCGAGGAUUGACUAUGAUGUCACUUGGCAAAGGCGAACUAUCAGCUUGGUACCCGGUGUCCCAGGCGCUUCUGAAAUGCUACUGAAAGGUUACAUAUCCACGACAUAAUAAAGUGAGCAAACACGGGCGGCAUGCAGUCAAUAAGAGCUGCUAGCAGAGUGCCCGUCAUCGUGAGUACCCCGCCCAGUCGUGGAGCAGCCGGAAUCUUCGGCUACAACCGGCGUUCAUUCGCCGUCACAAUAAGGUCGUCUCCUCAUUGUCGUUCCUUGAAUGCUAUAACGGCUGGCUGCGCUGCUGUCUUAGUCUCUGCCGAGGUGUUCUCAUCUCAUCAUCGCACUAUUGCUACCACAGCAGUCAGUAUGUCUCGGCAUCCAGAUUUCAAGACAGUGGAGGCGUCCCGUCCCGACUGGAACACCUCCUCCAGCCUCCGAUACACCAAAACUGCCGACCCCGACUGGACGCACGGGUCAGGCGCCAACAACCUUGACGCCGGAGCCGCCUCAAAGAAGCAUGUCUCCAUCGACCCGUAUGAGCCGGGUCGACCGGCCAACUUCAACUAUAAGCUUCUCAUCUCGGGUAUCACACCACGGCCUAUCGGCUUCGUAUCAACGCGCUCGGGGUCGAAGGAUGGGUCGGCUGCUGCGGCGGAAGAAACAUUCAACCUGGCGCCUUUCUCGUACUUCAAUGUCGUGUGCACGGAUCCCCCCAUCUUCGCACUGGGCGUGUCGGGGGCGCUCGCCAACCCCAAAGACACGCUGCGUCAUCUCGUCGCCAAUGGCGAGUGCACAGUAAACAUCAUCAGCGAGCAUUUUAUCGAGGCGGCGAACGCAACGAGCGUCGAUGCGCCUACGGGGUGUUCCGAGUGGACUAUCAGUGGAUUGACGCCGUUGCAUGAUUGCGAGACAGUCCGCGCGCCGCGCGUUGGCGAGGCCGUCUUCUCCGUGGAGUGCAAGGUUGAGAGCAUCCGCGAGUUCGAGAGCCGCGGGACGCCCGGCAAAAUAGGCGGGUGUGUAGUUCUGCUAGAAGGCCAGCGCUUUUGGGUUCGCGAAGACGCUGUUAAUGACGAGCGCAACCUCAUUGACCCUGCGGUAUUGCGCCCCAUGAGCCGCUUUGGGGGUAUCACGUAUGGGCGCACUAUUGAGGUGAUCGAGCUGCCGCGUCCUGUUUUCGAGAGAGACGUUGGUAUGGAGGAGUAUGAGAGGCUGAAGAAGAAGGCGGCGGAUAAAGCUGCGCAGUGAGAAGUUGAGGGCGGGCAGGCAUGAUUAGGCAUUGCAAGACAUAGACAUUAGAGAAGAGGGUAGGGCUAAAGGGUACGAAUAAUGACUGCUAGAACAUCUACUCUAGGAUCGCGUACCAUUACGUGUUUUCAGCUUCUAUAGCUUGUGACAAUCAAGGACGGAUUUUAUCGCCUGUCGUACUGAAUCCAACGGAAGGUGUCCCGCAGAAUGUUUGUCCAUGCCAUUCGUAGCUUUGCACUACAUUCUGUUCACUGCAGGGAGGCUUGCCGAGGAUCCAAGGAUUCCCUCGACUGGAGAUACGGCAGUGGUUUGGCUUCCAUCUUUAAGUACCCCUUGGAAUGAUCUUUGGUCAACGAUGUUAUCACGUGUACAAACAUCCCAGAUCCACUGAAAUACACAGCUUGACCAACGCUAGCAUUUCCCCAGAUAGUGGCUACAAACAUUCUCACCCAUGCUACACACGAUGAAUAAAUACACUCCAAAGAUUCUAUCGUAAAGUGUCACUCCCGUAAUGAGCUUCUUCAACG